GAAGGGCCGGCAAAAGGACUCAAGCGAAAAAUAAAACUAGCUAGGUGGUUCAAACCAUUAUUUGAAAUCUGUUUGAGAAGACGCGAGCUUGAAACGAGGAGAAAGCGCAACUUGGCUCUUCGGGUCGAGCGGCCGAAGUCAUUUCAUAGGACUGAACUCAUAUGAUAUUAAGCAUUCAUGGGCUUAGAUACCACGUCGAUCUCGUUUCGUUUAGAAGUUCCGAGGCCGAUAACCCAGCCCAGGCGCACGCUCUUUUGUGCUCUCCUUCGGGCAUCGAGACAGGUGAUGACUGUUGCUUAAUAUUUCUGCAUCAGCUUGGUCAGCAAAUCGAAGAAACUAUUAUCAGAGAGUCGCAAUCGAGAGACGGAAUACGGCAGGCCCCCGCCUCGGUGCCUUGCGUUUCGCUCGGCGCAAACACAGGUCACCAGGGGCUAAGUGGCUUUGCUAGGACUCGAUUGCGACGUUGCACACCAAUCUCAGAAGCCGCUGGAAACCUUCUCGAGAUUUCACCAACAGCAGGCAAAGCGUCACCUGACGCUACACCUUCUCGUUCCUUUAUCCUCAAACCUACUGCUUUGUUUACAGUCGACUGGCAAGGCACCCAGCUUCAGCAGAGCGCAGCGAGGUCAUAAGCAGUUGACGCGGCGACGAGCUUCUCAGCGAGCAGCAGCUCCCAGGAUUUGCCAGAGCUAUGGACGCACUCAGUGCAGCACAGCCGGACCUCACCGGUGUCCAGGCGCCGGGCUCGCUCGGCGACCAAGAGGGCCUUGCGAGACAGCGGCAAACAGCGGAUCAAUCCUCGGCAAUCCUCAAGCUCAAGGGCCUUCCUUACACGGCGACAGAAGACGACAUUCGCCAGUUCUUCGCACCAUAUGACCUGAAAGGAAUCAGUUUUGUCUACGAGCCGGACGGCCGGCCCAGCGGACUGGCAUUUGCUGAGUUCGUGAGCAAGGAGGAGGCGCUCAAGGCGCUGUCUAAGAAUGGAGAGUAUAUCGGGCAGCGGUACGUGCGGCUGCUGCACGUGCCGCGCGCGGAGAUGGAGGAGCAGGUCCGGCUGGGCACGCUCGCGAUUCCGGGCGCAGCGGCGAAGAUCCGCUCGCGCAUGAUGCGCUCGCAGCAGCGCAACAUGGGCUACAUGGCUGGGCCCGUUCAGCUGAUGCCUUCCAUGAUGCCGGGCGGUCGGCCUGUGAUGGGCAUGGGGCCGCCGGGCGGCAUUGGGGCGCCCUACGGUCAGACCGCUGGGCCGGGCCAGACGCCUGUGGAGUCCCGUCUCUGGCAACCCGCCUAUAGCCAGUCCGCCUACGGGGGGCAGCAGCACGCAGGGCUGCAGGGCGCCGGCGGCCAAGGUGGCCUUUCGGCAGCCGGCCAACAGUCGGGGCUCGGCGUCAGCGGCGGCCUCAUGCACGGCGGCGGCGGCGGCGGCGGCGGCUACGGCACCCCCACGCCCGCACAGCUGGCGGCGCAGUUUGGCGGGCUGGGCCUGGGCGGGCCCGGCGGACAGGCCGGCGGCGGCGCCGGAGGCGGCGGCGGCGGCAUGGGCGGCCUCGGCGGCCCACGCGGCGGCAUGGGCGGCGGCAUGGGCGGCGGCAUGGGUGGCGGCAUGGGCGGCGGCGCCUCCAUGCAGCUAGGUGGCCUGGGGGCGCAGGCGCUGCACGCCAUCCCGCCGCCGCCGGUCGGCGGCGGCGCGGGUGGCGGCGCCGGCGGCGGCGCCGCCGGCCUGGGCGGCGCUGGGCCGUACAUGUCCGGCACACGUGUGGUCCAGACCGCCACGUCGCCCACCAUCAAGAUCCGCGGCCUGCCGUACGGAUCCAGCCCCUCCGAGAUCCUGGCGUUUUUCCAGACCUACCACUUCCUUCCCGACACGCUGCAGAUUGGGCUGGACCAGUUGGGCCGCCCCAGUGGCGAGGCCUGGUUGAGCUUCACCAACCCGCAGGAGGCGCUGCGUGCCGUACGCGACCUCAACCGCCACUACCUGGGCAACCGCUAUCUGGAGCUCAGCAUCUGCUAAGCAGCACCAGGGUGCAGCUGCUAAGCAGCAAUAACAGUUGCAGCUGCUCAGCAGCACCAGAUGCUGCUGCUGAGCAGCAACAGAUGCAGCUGCUGAGCAGCGGGCGCCUGCGCUAUUGCGGCGGGUAACGGAUGCAGCUGCUGGAAGUAGGGUGCAGCUACCGAUGCCCGGCCGCUAGUUUGCGGCAGCGUGCCAAGCGGGUUCUGCUGUGUAGCUGUUGCUAAUGAUGAUGGCGCGUGAUUAAGCAGCUG